AUGGCAGGAUUUGCUGGACCAAUCCUUCUCAAUUAUCUUAUAAAAUUCGUUGAAGAUGAGAGUAUUGAUCAACAUUUAGGUUAUGUGUAUGCUGGAUCUUUACUAGGGGCUACUUUAAUAUCUGCCCUGUUUAAUGUGCACUUCAAUUGGUUUAUGUCGGUUGUGGGUCUAAAGAUGCGCGGCGCUAUCGUUGCGACUAUCCUAAGGAAGACGCUCAGUGUCACUUCCACAGAACUGAAUAAUGUGUUCUCUAUUGGCGAGAUCACUAACUUCAUGUCGACUGAUACGGACAGAAUUGUAAAUUCGUGUCCUAGUUUUCAUGCACUAUGGAGUAUACCUUUACAGCUCUUUAUAACAUUAUUCCUUCUAUACCAACAAGUAGGCAUAUCGUUCCUCGCUGGUGUGGCAUUCUCUAUUAUUCUGAUACCAAUUAACAAAAUGAUCGCCAAUAAAAUUGGACAACUCAGCACGGAAAUGAUGAAGCACAAGGAUUCUCGUGUUAGCUUAAUCAGCGACUUGCUGAAAGGUAUAAGAACGGUCAAGGUUCAUGUUUGGGAAGAUUACUUCAUAAAUCGAGUAUCAGAAGCACGUAGUCAAGAAUUGCGAUAUUUACGCGGUCGCAAGUAUUUGGAUGCGAUAUGUGUGGUCCUAUGGGCGACUACGCCUGUUCUCGUAGCCGCCUUCACAUUAGGCACGCACUCACUUAGAGGACUACCUCUUGACGCACCCACAGUUUUUACUACAGUAGCGCUAAUCAAUAUGUUAAUAGCACCACUGAAUGCCUUCCCAUGGGUGUUAAACGGACUGACAGAGGCCUGGGUGUCUAUAAAACGUAUACAAAAGUUGUUGGAUCUUCCAGAUAUGGAUGCAGAACUUUAUUAUGACCGUCUCAAUAAGAACCAUGAUGAAGAUAAAGUAAUAAUAUUCAAGAAUGCCACAUUUUCGUGGGCUAAACCUUCAAAAAGGAAGAGGCUACCAAAGAAAUCUAAGAAAAAUAAAGGGAAGUCUAAAAAGAGACUGUCUAGGGGUAACAUUCAAAGGCGAGAUUCAACAUCUUCGUCUGAGCAGUUAGUCCAAGAUGAGCCUUUUAUGUUGAAAGAUAUCUCAUUAGAAAUCGGUAACGAAGAGUUAAUCGGAGUAACUGGAGCCGUAGGAAGUGGAAAAACAUCACUCCUACAUGCUAUCAUUGGUGAUAUGAUCAAGAAAAGUGGGUACUUACAAAUACCUGAAAAUCUUACUAGUUUCGGAUACGUGUCCCAGAAACCAUGGCUAAUACGUGGUACAAUCCGCGAUAAUAUACUAUUCGGCAAACCGUAUGAAGAAACUAAGUUCCGGAAUGUAGUUGAUGCCUGUGCACUCACAGAGGAUUUGAACAUUAUCGGAUGGAAUGCCUACGUGGGCGAAGGUGGUUGUACGUUGAGCGGUGGACAGCGGGCGCGCAUUGCACUUGCGCGGGCAGUAUACCAGGAUAAGCAAGUGUACCUGCUCGACGAUGUGCUAGCCGGCGUGGACGGGGCGGUGUCGGCGCACAUAAUGCAGCGCUGCAUACUGGGGCUGCUGCGACAUACCACGCGCAUAUUCGUGGCGCACUCUCCGAGGCAUCUUGCCCGCACCUCAUAUACUCUGCUCAUGGAGGAUGGGCGUAUAUUGCGACAAGGUCCCCCUGAAACUAUAUUAAAUGAUAUCGAAGAGUUCAUGCCGAGUGAGUCUGAGUCGCUGGGAGAAGAGCCGCCGAGGGUACUAGAACCCGUUCAAGAUAACAACGAUACAAUUAGUAGGAACAGCUUGGAUGACGAGGAGUCAAUGUCACAGGGAACUGUUGGUUGGUGGGUCAUCGGCUUGUACCUACGGUCGGUCGGAGUGUUUCUCUCAAUCACCAUCAUACUUUCCUUAGUUCUCAUGCAACUAUCACAAAAUUUCACCUUCCUUUGGCUCACGUACUGGGUUAAAAAUAGGACUAAAAACUCCACCUCCCUUGAAGAUACUGAAUUUAUAGAACAUCCCACAGAAAAGACAAACAUUUUGGAUCACGGAGUCUUAGCUGUAGACAACGUUAUACAUACCAUCAUAAAUGCGACAAGAAUGCUUUUAGAAAAGAAAAAUGUUGAAAAUACAACUUCCCAACAAGGGCCACAGAUUGAACAACUACUACAAGACUUGAAAGCAAAUGUGACGCCGACAUACACAGAUAAUUUUUAUUUGGAAGUGUAUUUUGGAUUGGCGGGUCUGAAUUUAUUGUUUACCAUCAUGCGAGCGUUCCUGUUCGCUUAUGGCGGCGUGAAAGCGGCCACAAGAAUUCACAAGGUUUUACUGAAAGUCAUUAUCAAAGCGAAAGUGAAGUUUUUCGAUAUAACACCACUGGGUCGUAUUGUGAACAGAUUCUCAUCAGAUACUUACACAGUGGACGAUUCAUUGCCGUUUAUACUAAACAUUUUGCUAGCUCAAACAUUUUCACUAAUUGGAGCGGUGGCGGUGACGCUGUACGGGCUGCCGUGGCUGGUGGCGGGCGUGCUGCCGCUGACGUUCGUGUACUACCGCCUGCAGCGCCGGUACCGCGUCACCUCGCGCCAACUCAAGCGCUUGCAGAGCGUCACGCUCUCGCCCGUCUACACGCACUUCAGUGACACGCUAGAUGGCCAGCAGACAGUGCGCGCGCUGGGCGCGGGCGGCGCGUGGGGCGCGCGCGGCGCCGAGCUGGUGGAGGCGUGGCAGCGCGCGGCGCUGGGCGCGGCCGCCGCGGCGCAGUGGCUGGCGCUGCGCCUGCAGGCCGCCGCCGCCGCCGUCGUGGCCGCCGCCGCGCUGCUCGCCGUGCUGCAGCGGACCAUGCACGCCGCCGACCCCGGACUCAUCGGUCUCGCCAUUUCUUACGCGUUGUCAAUGACCUCCAUGCUGAGCAACCUGCUGAACUCGUUUACGGAAACUGAACGAGAAAUGAUAGCCGUAGAGCGUGUCGGCGAAUACAUCAAGACGGUGGAAAGUGAACCAAUAGAUGGUGAUUCACCACCAUACGGCUGGCCUUCACAAGGUGUCAUAGAAUUUGAAGACGUUUUCCUGAAAUAUAGCGGUCGUGAGAAUGGUGUGAUGGCUUUGAAUGGCGUGUCAUUCUCUACGCAUCCUGGCGAAAAGCUCGGUGUGGUGGGUCGCACUGGAGCAGGGAAGAGCUCCCUCCUCACAGCACUACUUCGCCUGGCACCACUCGCCCGAGGACGAAUUUUAAUUGAUGGAGUGGACAUUUCGAAACUGCACCUACACUCACUUCGGUCCCGUAUAGGUGUGAUCCCGCAGGAGCCGUUCAUAUUCUCUGGCAGUGUGCGCGACAACGUGGACCCGCUGGGCCAGUACCUGGACGCGGAGCUGUGGCGCGCGCUGGACGCGUGCGGGGCGCGCGCGCUCGUCGCCGCGCGCGGCGGCCUGCACGCGCCCGCCGCGCACGCCCUCCUGUCGCGCGGACACGCACAACUGCUCUGUGUCGUGAGGGCCCUACUGCACCGACCUAAGAUACUGCUAGUAGACGAGGCGACGGCUAACUUGGACAAUGAAGCGGAGCGUCAGAUCCUGGACGCCAUCCGCAGCUCGUUCGGUGGGUCGAGCGUGGUGCUGGUGGCGCACCGCCUGGCCGGCGUGCUGCAGUGCGCGCGCGCGCUGGUGCUGGCGGCGGGCCGCGCCGCCGACCUGCGCGCGCCCGACGACGCGCUUGCCGACCACUCCUCGCACCUCUACCAACUCGUCUACGGCUCGUAG